CCAUACAAGGCAAGCCCACAUUGGAGGAAGAACCGCCCAGGGCAUGAGCUUUAAAAAGCCUUGCUCAGGUAAUAAAACGCAUACUAUCCUUUUCGCAAGCAGUAAAGUAUGCUGGAGAUGGGUAGGAGACUAGGGACCAUCCUGCUGUUAGUUCAGACUCUUUGUUUGACAUCAGUUGAUGCCUACCCCGAUGGAAAAGUGACUGAAUCCUGUGGGAGUAUGAUGCCAAUACAUGGUCAUGCCCCCAAUACCAGCCACUCUCCCUACACUCUGGCUGUCAAUGUCACUACAUUCAGUUCUGGAGAUUACAUCCAAGUUACCAUAUCUGGAACGACAUACUUUGAGGGAUUCCUGCUUGAGGCUCGGAAUGCAUCCAAUCCAGACUCUGAUGCUGUUGGCUCCUUCAUCCUGACCAAUCCUAAAACCACACAACUGUUGAAAUGUGGCCACACUGCGGGUUCAGCUGUCAGUCACACAAGUGAUGCCAGACAGACAAAAGUCGUGGUAAUCUGGAACGCUCCCCAAAACUCACCCGACGCUGUCGAAUUUCUUGUGACAGUAGUAGCUCAUUUCAAGACUUUCUGGGUGAAAAUCCCUGGUCCUGUUGUGUCUCAGAGUGGGGUAACUCCCAUCCCACCUAAACCCACCACACCUUCCACUACCAUAAUGACUUCAACUCCCUCUGUGUUGCCCAGACCAUUCAGCUCAGUGGGUUGUGGCCAACAGAAGUCCUGCCUGUUGGACCCAGUGGGAUGUGACCCAGAAAAAGAUCCAUCGUGCUUCUUCCUGUCGUUCGCCCCCAAGGGUCAGACUGUGGUGUUUGAGCUCAGUGGGCCCUCAGACGGCUACAUUGCCUUCGCCCUCUCCCAUGACACAUGGAUGGGGGAUGAUGACAUGUACCUAUGUGUGAGGGAUGACGGCUUGGUGGAUGUGAGCGCAGCUUAUGUCGAAGGAAGGUCCUACCCAAAGGAGGCCUCUGAGAAUGUUCUUACAGACGUGGCCUGGAGAUUGGCGGAUGGAGUCAUUCAGUGUCGGUUUCGUCGACAAGUUCUUGUCCCACAGGACCCAACCCGGUUUAGUCUGGACGCACCGUAUUACCUGUUCAUGGCAUACGGUGAAGCUGAAUAUGGCGAGGUGCAAAGGCAUGACCGCCAACCCCUCAUAUCCUCACAGCAGUCGGUCAUCAACGGCCCAGCAGAGAUUCUCAAUGGCUCUCGAUCACCACUUCUCAUGAAAUUUCACAGCAUUCUGAUGUUAAUUGCCUGGAUGUUGGCUGGGAGCACAGGUACUUUCCUAGCCAGCUACUUCAAGCCUGAUUGGCCAGAGAGAACACUGUUUGGUCAGAAAAUUUGGUUCCAGGUACAUCGAGGGUUGAUGAUCUUAACAGUGCUGCUUACCUGUGUGGCCUUCACUCUUCCCUUCAUCUACAGAGGAGGUUGGAGUAAGCGUGCUGGGGCCCAUCCCUACCUGGGAUGUACUGUACUAACCCUGGCUCUCCUUCAGCCUAUCAUGGCCACUCUCAGACCUCCCCCUGACUCCUCCAGGAGGUGGGUGUUUAAUUGGCUGCAUUGGGGAGCUGGGACUGUUGCUGAGAUUAUGGCUGUUGCGGCAAUGUUUUUGGGGACGGGCCAGCAAUCUGUGCUCCUGCCUCACUCCUGGCGCCUGGGGGUUCUGGCUGGGUUCCUGGCAUGGGUCGUCCUCUUGAGGGUGCUACUUGGGCUCCAUAAAAAAGGCUACAUUAAAACAGGAUUUUGUGACUUUGUUUCCAAAGCGAGUGACAUUGAUGAUCAGCAGAGGAUUCUUGCUGAUGACUCAGAGGUCAGCACUUGGGAUGCAUGGUUCAAAAUCGUUGCCCUUCUUGCCUUUGUUAUUGGGAAUAGCGGGUUCCUGAUCAGCUUCAUUUACACCAUCCGUGGAUUGUGAUGAAUCUGUGAGAAGGGCCAUUCCAUGGUACAUGACAACUCACUGGCUGUUAGAAUGGUGGAGGAUCCUGACUCUUAUUCAGAUUCAGGCCACAGGCAGAUCAAAACACUGAACCAGAUCUAAAGCUAUAGAUGGAGUGAUAGGAGAUAUAUAUAAAUAAAUACUGGAUAGAUUAUCCAUUUCACACAUCAAGUAUUUCUGCACUAUUGAUUUUGCACUAAUGUUCUUAUCCCAACUUCUCAGGGAAAUGCAGUUGAACACUCAGCAGCCAGUUUAUUAGGUAUACCAUCCCGUUCACGAAAAUAGAUCGCUUCUACAGUGAGUCACGUGGCUGUGGCUUAGUAUAUACUGUAAAGCAAGCAGACAGGCAUCGAGCACAGGAGGCUGCUGAGGGGAGGACGGCUCAUAGUAAUGGCCUGAACCGAGCGAAUGGAAUCAAACACAUGGAAGCCAUGUGUUUGUAUUUGAUACCGUUCCACUAAUGCCAUUACCACGAACCCGUCCUCCCCAAUUAACACCAACCUCCUGUGGCAUCGAGGCAUUCAGUUACUGUUCGAUUGACCAUUCGAAUAGGCAAAACGAGUGACCUAAGCGAAUUUGAGAGUGUUAUGAUUGUCAGUGCCAGGCGCACUGGUACCAGUAUCUCAGAAAUGGCCGCCCUCCUGGGCUGUUCACACACGUCUAGGGUUUACCAAGAAUGGGGCGACAAACAUCCAGUCAGUGGCAGUCCUGUAGGUGGAAACGGCUCGACAUAAGCGGGCUAAGGAGAAUGGCAAGAAUCGUGCAAGCUAACAGGUGGGCCACAGACAUAACGGCGCAGUACAACAAUGGUGUGCAGAAUGGCAUCUCGGGAACGCGAAACUCGUCGAUCCUUGUCAUGGAUGGGCUAUUACAGCAGACCACCACACCGCUCCUAUCAGCUAAAAACAAGACGCUUCAUUGGGCACGUGAUCACCAACACUGGACAACUGAGGAAUGGAACAACAUCACCUGGUCCGACGAAUCCCGGUUCCUGUUGACUCAUGCUGAUGUCAGGAUUUGGCGUAAGCAACAUGAGUCCAUGGCCCCAUCCUGCCUAGUGUCAUCGGUACAGUCUGGUGUAGUGGUGUGGGGAAUGUUUUCCUGGCAUACCUUAGGUCCCUUGAUAUCAAUUGAACGCCACAGCAUAUAUGAACAUUGUUGCUGACUGAACCCAGUAGAGGAUCUUUGGGAUGAGACUGAACGGGGUGUUGGCAGCACGACUGUACCGCCAUCCAAUAUGCAUUAACUCUGAUGCCUUCACCUCAGCAUGGACCAACAUCCCUGUGGAACGUUUCCCGACACCUUGUAGAAUCCAUGCCAAGUAUUCGGGCUGUUUUGGAGGCAAAGGGGGAUCUGACCCGGUACUAGAUGGGUGUACCUAAACUGUCCGCUGAGUGUAUAUUGAAAUGCAUUAUCUCAAUACAGCCUUGUCCCAUAUGAGUUCAUGUUUAUUACAUUUGUGAAGUGUUGCUGAAUAUAUAUGUAAGGGAGAAUGCACAAUCUCAAUGAAUAAUUACAAAUUCUCUUUGUUUGAAUUAUGUGCGGGUCAGUUAUGUUUCUGAAACAGAAGUUAUCCUGUAGUAUAAUAUCAGUAAAUAAAUACAUUUGGAAAGUUAA